AUGUUAAUAUUGAUAACAAGACCAGUUUUAAAUACUCACCCAAAUUCAAUAUUAUAUAAUAAAUUCAAUAUUCAUAAUGGAUUAAAUACAAUUCUUGAGAUGAUUUACCCCAUUGGUUCAAUAUAUACAUCAAUGAAUUCAACAAAUCCCGCAACAGUUCUGGGUUUUGGUACGUGGCAGCAGAUUGUAGACAAAUUCUUAUACUGUGCUAACUCUUCAAAGCAAACAGGAGGUUCGAAGAAAAUUACUGAAGCAAACUUACCUGCGCACACUCAUACAGGAACGACAAACUUUUCUGGCGACCAUAGCCACUCAUUAAGAGACCACCCAUUAUACAACUCAGACUAUAAAGCUGGCUAUGAUGUUUUAUCUCCAUCUUAUAACAAUUCAGCAAAAAAGACUUUUCGACCAACUGAACCAGGAGGAAAUCAUGUCCAUACUUUCACAACAAAUCCAACGGGCUCGGGUGAAGAUUAUAUGCCACCAUUUAUAACUGUAUUCGCAUGGUUCAGAGCUGCUUAA